AUGAUAGUUAAGAUCAGAGCUACAACUGGUAGGAUUUACAAGCUAGAACUUCCACAAAAUGCAACAGUAGAACAAUUAAAGCAGGCGUUUAAAAAAGUUAUUGGAUUUUCUCAAUUCAAAGUUAAAAUAAAAUUCAUUUAUUUGGCAUACAUUAUGGAAGAUGCAAAAACCAUUGAAUCAUACAAUAUCAAAGAUACCGAGUAUAUUGUAGCAUCAUUAGAAAAUAAAAAUAAGCAAGAUUUAUUUGAUUUAACGUCAACAUUGUAUCCACACAAUUAUAUGUAUACUAGUCUUCCAACAAAUGAACCUCUACCAAAUUUCUCGGACUCAGAUUCCAUGAGCAGCAGCGGUGAAGACGAAGAAUCUGAAUCUGACGGUUUUGAGUACUGCGAAUCCAUUGAAGGUUUGCAGGAACUCGGCUUCUUGAAGUCAGACUGCCAAGCUGCUAUCAAAGCCGCAAUGGGAAACUUUCAAAUUGCACUUGCUUAUCUUGAAGCUGGAAUAAUACCAAGCAAAGGCGAUGUAGACAAUUUUAACAAAUUUAUUGAUAAUGUGAAAGCAAACAUUGAAGUUCUCGAUGAAAAUCCAGACCAUUUGAAUCAAGUCCUCAACGAUUUAGAAAAAAUACUUCCUGAGCAAGGAGCUCUUUUCAGAGCUAAGCCAGAAUUACUAAUUCAACGCCUCGGACUUAAUCCGAAAGAUUUUGAUCUCGAAGAAAUUCGAAAUACAGAAGCUAUCGACCGCAUUACAGCAGAGAAUGAAGCAUCUAAUCCAUAUUCUCCAAAUGACGAAGAAGAACCAAUUCCUGAUCAAGAUCCACUUUCGAAAUUUACUCCUGAAGAACAAGAUGCAAUUAAGCGACUUUGCGAACUUGGGUUCGAUAUACAUUUAGUUAUCCAUGUUUACGAAGCAUGCGAUAAAAAUGAGGCUUUGACAGCUAAUUGUUUGCUGGCAAUGAACGAUUAA